UUUAUACAACUUCCGGUAAACUUGAAGCUCAUUACUAAAAUAUAUCCACAUAGAGCUAGGCAGAAGGGACAUGACAAUUCUAAAUAUUAUCUACCUGGGCUUCCUCGUCUUCUUCUUGGCAUGUGUAGCACAACGGGAUGUCGUCAAGGAGAGAAGCAGAAGAGUUACGAUAACAGUGAUGGAUGCAAAAUGUCGAAAGUUUCAAGACUUCAAGAUUGAAAGAUACGAGCUUGAUGGCAAAAUGUGCCUCUACUGGUCUAAAGGCGCUAAAAACUUUACCGACGCUAAAAAAGACUGUGAAGCUCAAGGAGCUAGACUUGGAGUCUUUAAAGGUGCUGAAAAAAUGCAGAUUCUCAUCAGACAAAAUGUCAUAUGGAAAAGAAAUUUUUGGAUAGGUCUUGAUGAUUUGGUAACUGAAGGCACCCUUGUGUGGCACGACGGAACUAUUCUUCCACGGAGUGACUAUUACCCACUUUAUUUUAAUGCAUACAACCCAAGUGGCAGUACACAAAGAUGUGUUCAAUUUUGGACAUCUGACGGCAAGCUGGAUGACGUAGAGUGUUAUUCAAUUAGAUAUUAUGUAUGUGAGAAAUUGCUAUAGUUGUUGUGUCAAUCCUCAACCACAUUUAAAACAAUAAAAGUAAACUACAAAUUGUAUAGAUUGUUGUUACACAGAUGGUAAUCUACACAGGAUCUUGUCUUUGAAUCUGGCUGCUCUUAUUAUUCUACCAACGACGAACACUUUCAAAUCUAAACGGAUCAAUUAGUUUAGAUCUUAGAAUUAAACUAUAAAUGUAUU